AAUAAACUGGCCAUAGUCCGUUGGGUUGUAACUGAGCUCGAUUGCCACUGCUACUAUUCCUUUCCGACUUCCAGUUUCCAGUUCCAGUUCCAAGCUCCAUGCCAUAAUGAGACUUCCCGCUCUCCUUCGCUUCAAGUGCCCAACCAUAACGGCGUCGUUCUCGCUCCCAUUUUGCCUGUUUUCAGAUAUAUCUUCCUCACGAUACUCCUCUCUCUGUAGGCGCCACCAUUUCCCACCCCCGCAACAAUCCCCUGCUCCUCCAGUCCCAAAGAAGGUCCCAUUUCAAGUCUCUGCUCAUGGGAGAACGUGGCAAGAUCCUUACCAUUGGAUGUCCAACACAAAAGACCCUGAUCUUUCUCGGUAUCUUGAUCAAGAAAACUCGUAUGCUCAAGCUUUCAUGGUUGACACACAAAACCUGCAACGAACUCUCUUCUCUGAGAUGACUCAACGAAUGCCCACUAAGGUUUCCACUCCUCCUGAGCCUUGGGGACCAUGGCUGUAUUACCAGGACAUUCCGGAAGGAAAGGAAUACCCAGUUCUUUAUAGGAAAUCAAAUGCUGAUAAAAGUAAUUUUGUUAAGACUGCUCUCCAAUAUGCAAGGGGUGGAAUAGGAAGAGAGGAAAUUUUGCUUGAUUGGAAUGAAAUUGCUGGGCAAUACGGUUAUGUGCAUGUGGGGAUGUGUCGAGUGUCUCCAAAUCACAAUUUUCUUGCAUACACACUUGAUGUUUCUGGCAGUGAACAGUUCAUUCUUCAAGUCAAGGACCUUACAACUGGAUCUAUUAUUCCAAAACUACAAGUUCAUAGAGUUGUGAGUUUAGCAUGGGCUCUUGACGGCAGUACAUUGUUUUGUACCCAAUCAGAUGAGAAUCAACGACCUUCCAGGGUUAUGUACUUAAAUCUACAAUCCAAUAAUACAGAUGGUAUUCCUGUAUUUACAGAGAGUGAUUCCAGCUUUUGUGUGGACAUAACAAGCACAAAAGACGGCAAGUUCAUAACUGUGAAUUCAAACUCAAGGACUUCAUCCGAGGAAUGAAAAGAAAUAGCAGUUUAUGUUAUAGAUGCUGCCAACCCAUCAGGUGGUCUGCGAAAAAUACGAGAGCGUGUUUCUGGCGUCCAAUACUUUCUUGAGCAUCACCAUGGUUUGUUUUAUAUUCUUACAAAUGCUCCAAUGAGCGCAAAUGAAGCGUGGUCUGGUGAGGAUUUUUACCUAGCUAGAUGCCCUGUUGAAGAUAUACAGUCGACUAAUUGGCAGAAUAUUAUCAUUCCACGUGGAGAUAUAACCAUACAAGAUAUGGACAUCUUUGAUGGAUUUCUGGUGCUUUUUCUCAAUAAGAAGGGUAACCCUGCUUUCUGUUCCAUCAAUUUGCCUAUUGAUGUUGAUUGUGAGGACGUAUUGGAGAUUGGGAAUCUUAAUACCUGGUUUUUCCCUCUGCCUUCAAAUUCAUGUAGUGUCACUCCUGGUUCAAACCAUGACUUCACUAACUCAGUAUUCCGAGUGGUGCUUUCAUCUCCAGUGAUGCCUGAUAUGAUCGUUGACUAUGACAUGUCAAGAAGGAGAUUCUCUGUUGUACAGCAAGAGGAAGUGAAGGGUGUUUUCUGUCAAGUAGAUACAGAAGAAAUUUUUGACUUCAAACAUGAUGGUGAAGAAGUAUCUCAGUAUAGUGAAUCACAGAUGUGGAAGGAAUUUUCUAAUGCAUACUGCUGUGAAACAAAGGAAGUUGUUUCUUUUGAUGGCACGAGAGUUCCUUUGACUAUAUUGUACUCUCGAGCAGCCUGGCAGAAGGGCCUCCCCGGUCUUUUACAAGGAUAUGGAGCAUAUGGAGAAGUUCUAGAGAAAAGCUGGUGUACAAACCGCCUGAGUUUGCUCGAUCGAGGUUGGGUGGUUGCAUUUGCUGAUGUCAGAGGUGGUGGUGGGGAUAGUUCGUGGCAUAAAUCUGGCAGCGGUCCGUGUAAACAAAACUCAGUAGAUGAUUUUGUCUCGUGUGCGAACUUCCUUGUUAAUGAGGAGUAUGUCGAUAAGCUUCAGCUUGGUGCUAUUGGAUAUAGUGCAGGGGGUCUUCUGUUGGGAGCAGCUAUAAAUAUGUACCCAAAACUGUUUCGUGCUGCAAUUUUGAAGGUUCCAUUUCUUGAUAUAUGCAACACUCUGUUAGAUGAUAAUUUGCCUCUUACAAUUCUGGAUUAUGAAGAAUUUGGUAAUCCUCAGAUACAGUCGCAGUUUGAGUAUAUUCUAAGUUACUCGCCCUAUGAUAACAUUUCUCGAGGAAGUUGUUAUCCUUCAAUGCUUGUUACAGCUUCUCUUCAUGACUCCAGGGUUGGAGUUUGGGAAGCUGCUAAAUGGGUGGCCAAAGUUCGAGAUAGUACAUGUUCUAAUUGUUCUGGUUCAGUUAUUCUGAAGACAAAUAUGAGUGGAGGACAUUUUGGUGAGGGUGGCCGCUAUGGUCAAUGUGAGGAAACUGCUUAUGAGUAUUCUUUUCUGUUAAAAGCAAUGGAGAUGUUGAAUUAUGAUGAAUAAAUAAAUUAUUGAUUUUGA